UUCCCCACUCCUCCCGGCUGGCUCUCCCUCCGUGCUUCCGUCCUUCCGUCCCUCUCUGGGUAUCCUCAGGUCCUCGGCUCUCCCCGCGUUUCCCUCGUCUGCUGUGUCUGCACCCCGCGGGUCUCCUCUCGCCCCCUUGGGUUUCUCGUGCGGAGGCUUUGGCUCCGCGUCCCGCUACGCACACGGCGCGUCCCUUGGCAGCCCGCACGCUUGUGCCUGUCUGUCUGGCCGUCCGUUUGUCCCUCCCUGCGGGGCCGGAGCACCGCGCUCCCAGCUGCGGGCUGGGUCCUGGUGGCCACUCGCGCUGGGAGCGCUGCAGUUUCCUCGUUUUUAGGAACCGCUCUUUUCUUAGACACCUUCCGCGCAAGGUUAGGGCAGGGACUGAGGAGCCACCAAGGUGCCUACCAAGGAGCAUCCCAGACGUUUGGCGGGGCGCGGGACCACCUGAGGGAAGGUGCCGGGCCCUGGAAUGAAACGCAAGGCACCCCCAGCGCGAGAGGCUUCACUUGAAGGGUGUGCUGUCAGCCCCUCUGCCUCAUGCUGGGCCCAGAAAGAGCACCUGGAGGAACUGCCCUGACUUCCGGAAGACAUCUGGGAGCCUGGCAGGAGAGUCUGACAGGUGGAGAGUGAAGGUUCAGACUUCUGUUGAAUCAUAACCAUUUGGCGCUGAGCUAUGAUGAGAGAGGAAACAAAAAGUUAAAGCAGCAAGCCGCCGAGAGCGAGAAGCAAAGUUUGGUAACAUGCUUUUGAGAAGUUCGGGAAAAUUAAAUGUGGGCACCAAGAAAGAGGAUGGUGAGAGUACAGCCCCCACCCCUCGCCCGAAGAUCUUGCGUUGCAAAUGCCACCACCACUGUCCAGAAGACUCAGUCAAUAAUAUUUGCAGCACAGAUGGAUACUGCUUCACAAUGAUAGAGGAAGAUGACUCUGGGCUGCCUGUGGUAACUUCCGGAUGUCUAGGCCUGGAAGGCUCUGAUUUUCAGUGUCGGGACACACCUAUUCCUCAUCAAAGAAGAUCCAUUGAAUGCUGUACAGAAAGGAAUGAAUGUAAUAAAGACCUACACCCUACACUGCCUCCGCUGAAGAACAGAGAUUUUGUGGAUGGACCUAUACAUCACAAGGCGUUACUUAUAUCUGUGACUGUCUGUAGUUUGCUCUUGGUCCUUAUUAUUUUAUUCUGCUACUUCAGAUAUAAAAGGCAAGAAACCAGACCUCGGUAUAGCAUCGGGCUGGAGCAGGACGAGACAUACAUCCCUCCGGGAGAGUCCCUGAGAGACCUGAUCGAGCAGUCCCAGAGCUCAGGAAGUGGAUCAGGCCUCCCUCUGCUGGUCCAAAGAACGAUAGCGAAGCAGAUUCAGAUGGUGAAGCAGAUUGGAAAGGGCCGCUACGGGGAAGUCUGGAUGGGGAGGUGGCGUGGGGAGAAGGUGGCCGUGAAAGUGUUCUUCACCACAGAGGAGGCCAGCUGGUUCCGGGAGACGGAGAUAUACCAGACGGUGCUGAUGAGGCAUGAAAACAUUUUGGGGUUCAUUGCUGCAGAUAUCAAAGGGACAGGGUCCUGGACCCAGUUGUACCUCAUCACAGACUAUCAUGAAAACGGUUCUCUUUAUGAUUAUCUGAAGUCCACCACCCUGGACACCAAAUCAAUGCUGAAAUUAGCCUACUCCUCUGUCAGUGGCCUGUGCCACUUACACACUGAAAUCUUUAGUACUCAAGGCAAACCAGCGAUCGCCCAUCGAGAUCUAAAAAGCAAGAACAUCCUGGUGAAGAAAAAUGGAACUUGUUGUAUAGCUGACCUGGGCCUGGCUGUUAAAUUUAUUAGUGACACGAACGAAGUGGACAUCCCACCCAACACGCGGGUGGGCACCAAGCGCUACAUGCCCCCGGAGGUGCUGGACGAGAGCCUGAACAGAAACCACUUCCAGUCCUACAUCAUGGCUGACGUGUACAGCCUCGGGCUCAUCCUCUGGGAGGUUGCCAGGAGAUGCGUCUCAGGAGGAGAUAAUUCCGACCACACAUUUUCAGGUAUCGUGGAAGAGUACCAGCUUCCCUACCACGACCUGGUGCCCAGCGACCCCUCCUAUGAGGACAUGAGGGAGAUCGUGUGCCUCAAGAAGCUGCGGCCCUCAUUCCCCAACCGGUGGAGCAGCGAUGAGUGCCUCAGGCAGAUGGGGAAGCUCAUGACAGAGUGCUGGGCCCACAAUCCUGCGUCCAGGCUGACGGCUCUUCGCGUGAAGAAAACACUCGCCAAGAUGUCAGAGUCCCAGGACAUUAAGCUCUGAUCGAGAGGAGAGGAAGCCUUUCCACCGAGGGCCGAGGGGUCCUCGCUGCGUGGCAGAGCGCACGAUGGGAAGUUGCAGCGUCUUCGGUGCUGGCCCUGACUGCUCACAGCUCACACCUUGCUUCUGGCGCAGCUGGGGCAGAACCAGGAGCUCCCACAGGGCAGACUCCCAGGUCUGUUGUAGGAGGGACAUGCUGGGUAACCUGUUCGAGAUACCAUGCAUGUUGCUUUCUGGGAAAGCCCUGUAUUUUGGAAUUGCCGGUUUUUUAAAAAAGAUGCUUUAAUUUUGCCAAAAUGAAACAAAUAUUGUAGAUGUUUUAAGGUUUAUAGUAUUAUAGUUUAAAGAAUUACAACUAAAUUUCUUCCCAGAGACUGUGUUGGAAGGUAAAUCAAAACAGUGUCUCCACUGGUAAAACUACUGUCACACCUGACAAACAUGAGACUGCCGGUGAAGUUGGACAGGACUGGAGGUGACCUUGGGCCCCAGCCCCCAGCCUUCUCAGACCGCUUGGACCGGCUCUGUACUGGGGCUGCCGCACAGCGCAGUGCGCACACACCCGGGAGUGCUCCGCCUGCCUGGGACCACUCUGUAGAGUUUCUGCAGUCGGCCUUUGUGGCUUCAACAAAACUCCGAGACAAGGUUGUGUGACUCUCCCACAGGGCGGAUGUGUGUUCCUCAGAGUCACGUCUCUGGUCGUCUUAGGCAGCCUUUCAUGGUAAAAUCCCUUCGUUUUCAUGAAAGACAAGCAAAGGCUGUUUUUUAUGUGCAAAGAACUGACCUGUCCUUGUCUUUGAUAUCUCAAAUCAGAAGACAAACAUUAAAUAAAAUUGCCAUGAAUCGUGUAAGAGGCACAGUGCUUUAGAAUAGCCCUGACCUGUGCUUGUGGAUCUCGAGGAGCAUGUCAGUGAGGUAAAGGAGGGGGCUGAGGGCAAAGGCAGCCGAUUUAUUUCUUACAUCUGCACAGGAGCCAUUUUUGGAAGCACAAGGGGGGAAGUAUGCACACCGUACCUUGUAUAGAUAAGGAUGGCUUGUUAUUGUCGGUCUUUUUUUUUUUUUUUAAGUAUCUGAGUGAAAGGAUAGAGGAAAGUAUUUGUCAGGUUAAUUUCACUGAAUUUUAAUUUAAAAUAGACAAAUAUAACCUGCAGAUAGAAUAACAAGGGCGAGCAGUGGAGGCCAUGAAAUACUAUGGCUGCUGUGACUUACUAUUCUAUAAUAGAUAGAGAUGGACUGUGGACAUCUGAAGUGAUUAUUUUAUACUUUAGGAAUGGCGACUCAUCCUGUUCUAUUCACUAUUUAUUUGUUUUCCCUUCUCUGUGGCACUUAGGCAAAACAUCUCUUUACUGCCAGAGUUUUAACUUCUGAGUACCGUGAGUAAAAUCAUGGACAGCUCCAACAUUUCUUAGCAGUGGGUAUAUGAUAAAGUUUAAAGCCAUACACAUCUCUCUCGAUUUUAUCCAUUUCAUUUCCUUACUGUGGUUCUUCUUGUUAGGAAUUCUUCGGUGCUUAAUAAGGAACUUGAAAGUGCUUCCCCACUGGCCUUUGGAAAGGAUAAUUCCUUCCAGAAUACUCCAGGGGGCAGUGUUUUCUAACACACCCCAAACCCGGUGACUGCAGGAUGGAGCGAUUCUGAGACCCUGAGGGCUGUGAAAAAACGAGAUGAUGUCCCCCUGCCCCUGACACAGGCUUGCAGCUGGUGUCCUGAUGUCCGGAAGACACUCUGCAGCAGUGAGUGUGAGCUGUGCUCACAUCUUGGAAGAAUCAGAGCGAGAAGCACAUUGACUUCCCAGGGCUUCAUGGCUGUAUUUUGUUUUGUUUUUGUUUUUGUUUUGUUUUUUACUGAAAAGGAAUUUUGAAUCGAAAAGAAAUUAGUUUUGAGAGUGAGGACAGCUGGUUAUGAAUAGACUUGCAGUACGGAUACACCUGUAGUCAGAGCACUGCUCUUACUGGUGUUCAGCUAGCCUCGGUAGCAAUGGAAAAGUUUCUCAUGCGUGCAUGGGUUUAUAUUCUUUGUGACAGUUUAGGUGGAAUAUGUAGUUAGAAGUCUGAGAAUCCCCUGACAUUUGUGGAGGAACUUCAGUGCCUCUAAUCCGGUCAUCUGCCAACAAGUGGGUGAAUGGUUAACACAGCCAAAUGGUUAAAUGGGCACAUGUUGGUAUUUCUCACAUUUUCUGUGAUUUGAGAUUGGGCUUAUCUUUCAGAUAUAUUGGUGUCUACUCUUUGGUAAACACGAACUACUUCAAAUCAGAGUAUUUUGAAGGGAGGUGAUGACUUAAAAAUAACUAGAUUUUUAGGGUUCCAGUAAAGAAGGAAGAAUUAAAAUAAUAAAUUUCUUCUACAUUACUCAUUUAGUUGCUUUGGGGAAAAUCAGUAGCUAACCUUCUAAUCCCCAAUUUGCUUUACUUCACUAUGAGAAUUUAAAAAUCAUUCCCGAAAUACCUAGUAAGUCCCACUUCAGUACUAUAUAGUCUUUCCAUGAGACAAGAAUUUUAUUUUGAAUAGAAUUUUUCUCUGCGUCUUACCAAAAUCUGCUUUACUUAGGUAAUAAUGAAGUAUUCUUAAAAGACUACCUACUCACUUCCCAAUAAUCUUUUACUAUUUUUAAAUGUCCAGCGGCUCAGUGGUGAAUUUUAUUUUGUCACUAUUUUGUUUCAUCUUUAGAUGAAUAAAUGAGAACCUGGAAAUAAGUAAAAUAGUCGAUUGCUUACUUUCAGACUAUUAACUUCCUUCUAACUCCUCUCACCUAAGGGAAUCCUGUGUUAUCAGUUGUUAGAUAGACCUCAUAUGCUCAGACAUUCAGGUUUGUAGCUCACAUACGUGUGUAUAUAUUAUAUAAAUAUAGAUGUAUAUAUAAAUACUGUGCUUAGUCUGGAGUCUGGCACAACUUCAGUGUGUGGAUUAGAGGGUGAGAUAUUGUGGAGAAUGAAGUAUUGAAGGAAACAUAUUUAUUUAUGAAAGCGUGUAGAUUGUUAGUAGGGAGUGCAGUGCUGGGAGCGACGCUGUGGGAGGAGCCAGGCCUGAGACCUCCCAGAAGGCGCUGCUUGAAAGUCACCAGUGACUGUUUGGUUGUUUUAUUUUUUGCUUUGGUAUUUUUCAAAUAGAAAGCUUCUUAGAAAACAUGCUGAGAUUUUAUUUACAGGGGAUUCUCUGACGCAUUUGAACUGGUGUGUAGUCAAGGAUAGCAAAUGUUCAAUAAUGCCUAAAUCCCAUGUUCCAGAUUCAUGCAUAUUCAUUAAGGGUUCGCAUUGCUAGUCUGCCCUGGCUCUUCUCUGUUGGUGGCAAGGCAGAGAGGGAGGGACAGUUUUUUUAAACUUGAACGUGUUCGGUAGUUACCUCCUCAGAAAACUCAGCGGUAGCAAUGAAAGGAGUGACAUCAAAAGUAGUUUAAUUUAGCAGUUAUAAUUCCUCUUGUAAAACAAAGUGAAUAAAAAGUUGUUAUAUUUUUUGAAGAAAAAUUGGCAAUAUAUAGGGGAUUUGUUGUUUGUGUCAAAAGAAGAGUCAUUUAUGUUCUUUUGGGGAACCAGUGCCUUACAGGAUUUGUAUAUACUGUAAUUAUUCAGGACUAGGGAACAAACAGUUGUAUUUGUUACAAAUUGUAUAUGGCUUUGUUUUAACAUUCCCUUAAAUAAAAUGGUCUCAUUC